CACUUCACGAUAACUACAGGGGACGAGGUGCUCCAAGUGCAAAGGCUUGAGCCAACGACCAAGGGCGAGGGCAAGGCAGACGAGACUGGCUCGUCCAAAAUGGAACCAGUGGCCACGAGAACUCUGCCGCAACUUCCAAUCGAGGUGUGGGAGAACGCGAUCAACCAUCUGUGGGACGACCAGAACACUUUGAGGAAGUGCAGCCUCGUCUGCCGAGCGUGGUACCAUCCCAUUCGCUUCCACUUGCACAGGCAGAUCGAGAUCAGGAGUGUUAAGGGUGUGAAGGCCUAUGCGAAGAUGCUGAAGCAGAUGCCCGAGCUGUCGAACCGCACGCACGAUAUGAACAUAAUAAGCUAUAUGGACCUGUCAGCACUGUCGAUAGCGGCGAUCCUGCUUGCUCGCAAGCUGCCCCGGCUCGAGUGGCUCAGAAUAUGGAAUUCAAAGUGGGAGCCGUGGAUGAUGCACAGAGAUGUCUUCCUGCAUCUCUCCGGCUUCUCCGUCACUCGCCUCGAUCUCAUCGGUGUCACAUUCCCCUCGAUCACCGUCUUUGGGCGCCUCGUUUGCGCCCUGCCACACCUGGUCCGGCUUGACUUGGAAGAUCUGACGUUCACACAUGACCACUUCCACCGCGAUACAUUUGGUUUAUAUCACAAUCGCGUCAACAUC